GGUCUCCGGCAGGGGUGGACGUCCCGCCAGCCGCUGAAGGCCAGGACGCCAGGCCCGGCAGACUGCUGAGGGACGUGACAUGGUCCGGUGUGACGGUGAGGACAGACAGGAUGCCGUCCGGCCUUCCCGGACAUCCUCGGCUGGCACCGCGGGGACGCUGCGACGCAGGCGGGUCUCUGUUCCUUCGCUUUCCCACAGGAGUCUUCACACUGCUGCUCUCUGGACCCCAGAACCCUCCACGUGAAAGAAAUGGUGCUACCCAGCUCACGCCUGGGCCUUCCGAUCCGGGACUUCUGCAAGUCUGUCUAGCUCUGAACCGAGAUAUGCUGCACUUUGGAACCACUACACACCCGACUCAGGAAUCGGCUCCGAAGGUUAAGCUGAAGGAACCGGAUCCCGCCGACACAACACCGCAGACACCAUCGGAAGAGCAGCGCCCGCACCACCCCCACCUCGGCGACUCCAUCUUCGUGGCCACCCCCUGCCGCGCGUGGGGACCACCGCCCACCAAGCCAUCCUGGGGCGGGACGGCCCCAUCACCACCUCCCUCCUCUGUCUUUCUUCCUCCUUUCCUCCGUCUUCUCCUUUCUGUCUUUCCUGUCUUUCCUUUGCUUGAGAGAUUCGAAGCACCUGCGGCUCCGUCCCCCGUCCCUCCUGAGUUCAAUUUGCACUAAGUCACUUGCACUGGUUUGGAGCCGGAGGCAGCCUGAGUCUCUCCGUGCGAGUGUGUGUGCGUGUGCGUGUGUGCGCGGCCUCCUUGGCCAGCGCCGCGCCGGCGCCUGCCUGCCUGUCCACCUCUGUCUGGGGGCGCCCAGGCGCGGCCGUGUGCCUGAGGCCUCGCCCUCCCUCGCCUGGUCUGGAAGCUCCCCAACAACGGAGCACUCGAAGCUUCCACACCCCCACCUUGCCCGUGCCCCUCCCCGCCGGGGCCUCAGCAGAAGCCCCGGCCUCAUCAAUAAACACA